AUGGCCGAAGCCGAGAGGGUACGGCAGCAGGGCAACAUGGCAGUGAAAGCCGGACACUGGAGGGAGGCGAUCGAGUUCUACACCCAGGCUUUGGGGCUGGUGGGGAUGCACACAGGUUGUCGAGAACAUGCACUGAUCCUGGGCAACCGGUGCCACUGCUACAUGCGUCUUGGCAGGCAUGGGGACGCAAGAGCCGAUGCAGAGCGUGCUGUGGAAGUGGACCCUACCUACACCAAAGGCCUCUACCGUUUAGCGCUCUGUCAAAAAGAGCUCUCUGAUCUGGCGGGUGCUUGGGAAAGCGCCACACGCGCCGCUGCCUUGGAGCCAACCAAUCCCGAAAUUUCGGUUCUGCAAGCGACGAUUGCUCGGUUGGAAGGUUAA